GGAAGCACGCACUGAAAAGAAUGAGAAUGACCUGUGAAGUGUCCUAGGGAACUGUGUGUGUAUCAAGUGUAGGCUACGCUUAGCCACUUUAGUUUUAGCUGAUUUGUCUGUCUCUCUUGUUAGUCCCCCGCAGACCAAAAUGCUGAGGUGCAGAGCUCUGUGGAAAAAGGUGGCCCCGCUCCCAAGGACGUCUUCAAUUUUGUAUCAGCAGCAUACGAAAAAAGCAGUGUUGAGGAAUGAGCGGAGUCCACUCACUGCUCAGCUGAUGCAGAUGUCUGCAGGCCCGUCGGGAGGCGGCGGCAGUGGCGGUGGAAAUGACAACAUGAAGUACUUUGUUCUAGUAGGAGUCACUGGUUUGGCAGGAGCAGUGUAUGCUUACAGGACGGUCAGAGGGGACAAGCUGAGGUAUCAGGACAGGAUAGAGGAGAUCUCCAGUAGACCAAACAAAGGAACAGGAGCACCGCAAACAGACACGGAGGCAGUUGCUCAGAAGGCUACACAAGAACUUGCUGAGGAGAAAAGGGAGCCUCCCUUGGCUGAGGAGGUCAUCGGUGACACACCCGUAGAGGAAUCUUCUCCAGUUCUGGAAUCGCCAGCUGAACUCACCUCAGAAGCAACUUCAACACAAGCAGACGUCCCUUCAACAGAACCGGAAGCCCCUUCAGCAGAACCGGAAGCCCCUUCAGCAGAACCGGAAGCCCCUUCAGCAGAACCUGAAGUCCCUUCAACAGAACCUGAAGUUCCUUCUACUGAAACGGAAGUCCCUUCUGCGGGAGAACCAGAAGUUCCUUCAGAAGAACAAAACCCUUCUGAAUCGGCAACCUCUGAAGUAUUGGAGGACUCCACACUAGUCAUUCCAGAACCUACUGCAGGAAAAGAAGCAUUAGAAAGUGUUGGUGAAGCCACGCAGGGAGGAGCAGAGUUGGAAUCGGAAUCCAAAUCUGGAAGCACGGAAUCUGAAACUGUCAUGGAAUCUGCUGCACAGUCAAGUGCACAGGCUGAGACGAGUGUACCAAUACCAGAAGCCAGUGAAACCCCAGCCGAGUCCUCAGUAUCUCCAAGUGAGACCACUGAACCAGAAUUGGAAACGCCCUCAACAGAACCAAGUGAAUCCUCCGUCUUGCCCACGGUAGUAGAAAUUGCUGAGGCGACAGCGGUCGUUGUAGAUCAAAGCACGCCUGCUGCUACGGUGUCUGGCGAACAGAUAUCAUCUCCUGUGGCUGAAAGUGCAAGUCCAGCCCCCGCCUCUGAGACGCCAGUUGUCUCGGAAACCGCAGCUUCAGCAGCGCCUGCUACCCCCACGGAGGCUGUUGUCAUCCAUGUUCCGGAACACUCUCCCUACCUUCUGAUUGGUGGAGGCACUGCCUCCUUUGCGGCAGCUCGGUCCAUUCGAGCGAGGGAUCCAGGGGCCAGGGUGCUGAUCAUCACAGACGAGCCAGAUAUACCAUACAUGCGACCACCUCUCUCCAAAGAGCUGUGGUUCUCAGAUGACCCAGAGACAAAAGAGACGCUACGCUUCAAACAGUGGAAUGGCAAAGAACGAAGGUUGGUGUUAAAGAAGUCCUCCAAAGUGGACAUUGGUAGUGACAUCUUCCAUUUUUCCAUCCUUACUCGGCUGUUUGCUUGCUGUGGGCUUCCACAGAUCCAGACAGAUCACUUGGUGGCCGCCGUUGGUCUGGAGCCGAGCGUGGACCUCGCCAAAUCGGCUGGACUGGAGGUCGACUCAGACUUUGGAGGGUAUCGUGUCAAUGCUGAACUCCAGGCCCGAUCAAACAUUUGGGUGGCUGGUGAUGCAGCUUGCUUCUAUGACAUCAAGCUGGGCAGGAGGCGAGUGGAGCACCAUGACCAUGCAGUCGUCAGCGGUCGGCUGGCUGGGGAGAACAUGACCGGGGCUAGCAAGCCCUACUGGCACCAGUCCAUGUUCUGGAGUGACCUUGGGCCCGAUGUGGGAUAUGAGGCAAUUGGCAUUGUCGACAGCAGCCUCCCCACCGUGGGUGUGUUUGCCAAAGCAACAGCCAAGGAUACCCCCAAAGCUGCCACAGAGAUAUCAGGCACAGGGAUACGGUCGGAGAGCGAGACAGAGGCUGUAGCUGGUAACGUGACCCCUGUGGGGAAAAGUGCGCCGCCGCCACCGCUCACACAUCAGAAAGAUGAGUACGGCAAAGGGGUGAUAUUCUACCUGCGCGACAAAGUGGUGGUCGGAAUCAUACUGUGGAACGUCUUCAACAGGAUGCCCAUUGCUAGAAAGAUCAUUAAAGAUGGAGAGGAGCAUGCAGACCUCAACGAAGUGGCUAAGCUUUUCAAUAUUCAUGAAGACUGAUAGUUCCACAAAACUUAGGUGGCACACACACACACACACACACACACACACACACACACACACACACACACACACACACACACACACACACACACACAGAGAGACACAUACACAGACACAGACACAGACACACGUACAGACACUCUUACAUAUGCACAAACACACAAGGACCCAAUGUGGGAAACAUGGCCCUUAAUGGUCAGUUGGUUGUACCCUUUGAUCAACGUCAGUGCAAAGCCUUGUUACAUAAACACUCUGUCUGAGGAACCUGUUUUUUCAUAUGGUCUUUUCAAUUGUACUCUUGAUUCUUUUUUUUUUCCCUGUACAGCUGUGUGAGUAAUGCAGCCCGUACUUGAAUCACAGAAUGCUCUCCUCCUGCCUUCUAGUUCUAUCUUUCUCCCUACUGUCCAUGCUCCGUUCUUCUUCAUGCUCCGUUCUUCUUCACUGUGCGAAUGAAGCUGUUUUAACGUCAAGCGAUGACUAUAUGUUUGAAGCCUUGACAUAAUCCCCUCAAGUUUAUCAACAAUAAAAUCAAUUAUUUUGUAAA